AUGGCAUCUUGUUCGUUAGUACCCCCAAGUUUUCAAGGUGCCCACCUCCAGAAAUCACAAUUUCUUGGCCAAAACCACAUCAAACUAUCAACUCUAAGAUCAAUUUCCACUUCAUGUCCUAAAACAAUCUCAACUAAACCCAUAGUUUCUGCUAAAUUUGACUUGUACCAGAUCAUGGGUGGCAGAGGAUUAUGCAAUGGUGAGGCAGGUCUCAAAGAAGAGCUUAAGAAAGACACUCAAACCCCACCAAAAACGAGUGACGGAAAUGAAGAGGAAGAAUUGGAUAACAACGCAUUCGCAGCCUCAAACAUUCAAGAGAUAGUACCUGAAGAUGGAUUUGAGAAGGAACUCUUGGGCUUAACUGGUGGAUUUCCCGGAGGUGAAAAGGGACUUAAGAGCUUCAUUGAAAAAAACCCACCUCCUCCUAAGACAAAAUCAAAACGCAAUGAUGAUUUGAAGAUGGUUUUGAGCUCGAAGAAACCAAAACCACCAACAUUGCCAUUGGUGUUGCCGGGGAUGAUCGCUGUUGUAAAGAAUCCAAACAAUCCAUACUAUAUGUAUUGUGGUAUUGUGCAGAGGAUUACUGAUGGAAAGGCAGGAGUGCUCUUUGAAGGAGGGAAUUGGGAUAGGCUUAUUACCUUCAGGCUUGAAGAGCUUGAGAGAAGGGAGAAAGGUCCUCCAAUGACGAACCCAAAGUCGGUUGUGCUAGAGCCUUUGAUUGAGAAGCUUGAAAGCCAAUCAACAAGCUAGGUCGAAGAGUUUAGUAAGUUUUCAGAGUGUUCACUUUACUUUUGUUUGUUCUGUACAGAUCAAAAGUUAGAACUUAAAUCAUCUCAAAUUCGUAUUCA